AAAUAUAAACAAAGGAAAUAGAAUAGAAGAAAAAAGAACAGAGGAGAGCAUUGAAGAAGUACAGCUUUGUUCCAUGGUCGAGAAAAGGACACACACAAACGUAAGAGGUUGUAGUAAUACAAGUAUUGAUUCAAAGUUUCAGACAGAGUCAAGAGAAUUAGUUCUCGGCUUGUCAACACCAAGACAUUUGUUGGAUUUAAAGCUCUGUCUUCUGGGCGCUGUUAAGUCUUAAGGGUUGACCGUCUUUUGGCGCAGUUUAGAUUAUACUUGUAGCGUGACGUUGAAACAAUUGUUUAAUGUGCAGAUCAUUCAAUCAUCUGCUGUUUAGGUCUUUUAAAUGAAAGAACUUAAGCUACAGCUGGACCCGGAUUCCAAUAAAUACUGUAAAUCCAAGUUGCUGUACUAAAGUCUAAAUAUGACUCUCGAGGACUUCUUCACGUUAACUGAGAUGAGAGAAGGGCUGACAGCUCCUGCUCGAGUAAAGGAGCUGAUUAAUGUUUUGCAGAAAGACAAACACAAUACUGUGAAGAAUGAUGUUUAUUCAAACAGACAGUGGUCUACUGUGGCAAGAACUAUAGCAGCAACUGAGAACAAAGACUGUCUUGCUCUUUUUCUCCAGUUAGAUGGACUCUGUUAUUUUGAUACUUGGCUUAAACAUGGCCAGAAGUGUUUACAAGAAACAGGUGACGGCUUUAUGGAAGAAGCAAUGAUUGAACUGUUGGGAGCAAUUGAAAAGCUGCAUAAAGACGAGCAGAAGCCAGUUAUUUCGGAUAUCAUGCUGACAGUUAAAGAUCUUCUUAGUAACAAAAGUUCCAGAGUUCAAGAUAGGGCCAGAUCCUUAUAUAGUAUCUGGAAGCAAAAUAGUGAGAGUAAUGCGGUCUACAUGGAUGUUGAUAAAGACAAGGCAGUAAGUGAUAAUCUUGUGGGUGUGAAUGAAAACUGUAACCAUGACCAGCCCGAAUGUUCUUUACAAGAUAUUUCUACUUCCAGGGUUGAUAAUAACGAAGAGAAGAAUUUAGAACCAGCUUCUAGUUAUAUGACUCCAACAGUCUCCCCUGAAAUUAUGCAAACUGAAGUAGUUGUAGACUUGGCUCUUCCGAUAUCCGACAAAGAUUUUGGCCAUGCAUCAAUAAAUGAUGGACCCCCAAAUACUGUCCAGUCUGAUACAUUAAAUCUAGUCAGUGAAACCAGACCUGAUUUAGGAAACCGCUCAAUGCAUCAGUUAGAAGCAACCACAGGAAUUAAAAGUCCUGGAUCUGCUGUACCAGGACAAAGGACGCUUGAAGGGCAGUCAGAUGUUGCCAGCUCAAAUGAGCAUGAUGAAGCAAAACAGAUGCCGCAUAUCAGGAGCUCUAACAACUUAGGUGUAACUGAGACUUCUUUUUGUGUUGACUCUACAAAUUCUGUGGAGUCUAAAGUAGGUGAUAACAAUGAAAAGGAUGUUGAUGUCGGAAAAGAGGACCCUUGUAUUAAUAAAAGUCCCUCUGGUGAUGUUAGAAAGGAGUUGUCUGAGGGUAAUGGUGAAACGUUUGAUAGCAGACCUUCAAAUCCUUGCACUAAUUUAUCAGCAUUUGACAGUACAGCUUCAGCUAAUGUUUUGCAAGGUUCUCCUGCACAUGAGAUUAUGGCAAAGAAUGAGCAGCUGACUGCCAUUUUAUCAGAGGAAGUAGACACAGAGGCGAAUAAAGAAUCAAAUGUUCAAAAUUUUUCAGACAAAGAUGAAGUUGAUUUGGGAAAUGAGGAUCCAACUACAAAUAUUUCAAGUAAAGAAGACAGGGAGACGAUUGAUGGAUCAAAUGGUCAGAAUGUUCCUGAGAAAGCUGGGUUUGAUUGUGAAAAUGAGGUUAUAACUACAUAUUUAUUGAAGAAAGAGGAGACAGAGGCAAUUGAAAAAUCAAAUGGUCAAAAUGUUUCUGACGAAAUUGGAGAUCUAACUGUGAAUUUAUCAGGGAAAGAGGACUCGGAAGCGAUUGAAGGAUCAAGUGGUCAAAAUGUUUCUGACGAAGAUGAGGUGGUUAGAAAAAAUGAUUAUGAUCUUUCCAUGUCAGGAGCCGAUGUUAAACAUUCUGUUGCAAAGAAGUCUGAUUUUGACAUGUUUGAUCCGUUAGAGGUUGCUCGACAAGUUGCCAUGGAAGUGGAGAGAGAAGUGGACUGCAGAGAACCGAGUUUUAGUUCUUCUGAGAGAAUGUCUGGUGAUGGAAAAGUAGAAAGUUCAGAUUAUCUAAAGGAAAAAAACAUCAUAGGAAUCCAUUGCUCAUUUAAUGAUGUGUCAACUGGACCAAAUCAUUAUGCUGUUGGAGGCAAGGAUUUUGUACAAACCAAAAACAUUCAGAGGAAAAAUUGUACAGUUAAUAUUGAGCCCACGGAGUCUAGUGAGAUGGCUCAGGAAAAAGAACAUGAGGAAGAUAAUAACGUCUGUGGUUUUGAUCUGAACAAAGAUGUGUUGUCUGAUAUUGAUGCUGAUAACCUAAUUAACCCAGUCACUACUCCCAAUAUGGUUGUUUCUGCUUCAAGGGAUGUGUCAACUUCUGGAUUGCCCCUGUCUGCUUUGCAAAUUGAGGGGACUGUUGAAUGGAAAGGAUAUGCUGAAGCUAGUGCUUUUUGUCCACCUUCAACGUGCAAAAUCUCCAAAGGUGAAAGUUCUACCUUUGCAUCAGGGAGUAGUACCAACUUGUUUAGGCGGAAGGAAUACCUUGACUUUGAUCUAAAUGUUGCUGAGGGCGAAGAUAAAUUAACAGACUUUCCACCCACUAGGGAGAUCCCAAAUUCAACUCGGCGGUCUUCAGAAAACUGUUCUUUUGAAGCUAGUCCAAAAAAAUCUGACUUGCUGCAGCUGGAUCUGAACUGUGUUAGUGAUAAUGGUGAUGCUCCAGUAUCAUACUGGAGGAAGGAGGAGAGAGUUUUACCACAUUAUAAUGGUCAACUCAGUCCAUCUGCUUCCUCUUCAUCAUCGUCAAUGCAGCCUGCAUUGAAAAAAUUUGAUUUAAAUGAUCAGCCAUCUCCUUUUACUGAAUUUUUGCAUCCUGCUUUGACUGUUAGGUCAUCAACGAAUGUAUAUACUUCUGUUGCUGGAGGGUUUAAAACAGAUGAAUCUGUAAUUUCCCUCAUGGGAUCCAGAGUUGAGGUCAGACAAAAAGAUAAUGUUCCUCAGACAAUUCCCCUAUUUAAUGGCAGCAUUGGGGAUCCUGCAGCGGAUGCUAGUAUGACAAGAAACGACGGUGUUAUGGGGUCGGCGUUAUCCCUGCAAUAUGCGCAUUCUUUCAUGUAUGGGUACAAUGGCCCAUUAUCUGGACCUACUGUACCCUAUUCCUCAGCCAUUUAUGGACAUGGAGGUCAAAUCCCUUUUAUGGUGGAUUCAAGAGGAACCCCAGUUGCACCACGAGCUUUAAGUCCCGUGCCUGCUCUUCCUCCUUCCUUUCCGCAACCAUUGUUUUUUGAGAGUUUGGCUGCUUCACCUGCUGACUCCAAUGGGCUUGUGCCUACAAGGCAUGGUCUCGAUCUGAAUCUAGGGGUAAUGACUGAGGGGAGAAGCCGAGAUGUUGGAAAUAUGCUGCAGCUGUUUAAUCCUGGUCAAGGAAUAUCAAAGGAUGAACAGAUGAGGGCCUACUCACAAGCGGCCUCUAGUUCUGGUGUCGGAGGAAAGCGCAAAGAACCAGAUGGUGGAUGGGACCCCUCUUCAUUUAACUACAAACACCAUCAGCCACCAUGGAAGUGAGGUUUUAUUUCCUGUAUGGAGUUGAGGAACUGAUGAAGUAUGUUGGUGCUUCUGGGAUCAGUUCCACAGACUGAAGGUGAGCAAAAUGAAUAUAGCAGGAAGGAAGAAACAGAUAACUGAAUAACGUGGAAUUAUAGAUGUUAUGUUGCUAAAGAUACAAAGAUUAGGGCUAUAACUAUAAACUGAUUUUGUUUCUUGUUCUCCUUGUUGCAAGCAGGACAUUACUACAUUGUAGAAAUGACCGAACUUGUAACAAACGAUUUUUUUUAUAAUGGAGCCGAAUUUUUAAA